UUUUACAUAUUGCGAACUCUUCAUAGUCCAUUUUAUGGUUUAAUGUUUCGCAAAAAGAUUCCCUUGAUUGCGCUGCUGAUAUUUUUCUUCUUCAUAAAGUUUCGCCUUUUCAGCUUCCGGGCACAUCUACAUUUUAUGCAAUUAAUUAUUACAUCUCUUGUGAAAUGAUGAGUAGUUGAAUAAUUUGUAGAGAGCAUGAGCAGGCGCCAUCAUUUUUCACCUAUUUCUUCAAGCUUUUUAUUAUUUUGUUCUUUUUUGAGCAAAUGUUUUCGGUUAAAAAGAUUGAAACAACUUCAAGUUUAAUUUUUGGCCCCCCCCUCAUGAGAUUGAGGAAGCGUAGACAAUGCUUUCCUUCUUGCUCUUCUCUUCACAGAGUUGAUGAGGAUGAAAUCUAUUGGAGGCAGAAGAAGGGUGAUGAAGAGUUGGAACGGUCACAGAAUUCGACUCAUGUAUUAUCACAGUUAGUUCAAUGUUUCACUAAUGCUAUGGUUGGACCACGAGCCUGGAUAGGAGGGCUCUUUAACCGCACAAACAAUAGACGUAAUGAGAAGUUUAUCAACUACACUUUGACUCCUCCUCAGGAACAUGAACUUCAAAGACUUCAAGAACGGCUACAAACUCCUUUUGACGAGAGUCGCCUUGAUCAUCAAGAAUCUCUUAGAGCACUAUGGCAUAUUGCCUUUCCAGAUGUUGCCCUAAAUGGCUUAAUCUCUGAGCAAUGGAAAGAAAUGGGAUGGCAAGGUCCUAAUCCGUCAACCGAUUUUAGGGGUUGCGGUUUUAUUUCUCUUGAAAACUUGCUGUUUUUCGCCAGGAAUUAUCCGGCAUCUUUUCGCAGGUUGUUGUUCAAGCAAGAUGGGAAUCGAGCAACUUGGGAAUACCCAUUCGCUGUUGCUGGCAUUAAUGUGUCAUUUAUGUUGAUUCAGAUGUUGGAUUUAUUCUCAGAUAAACCAAGAUGUCUUCCAGGAAUAAAUUUUAUCAGAAUAUUAGGAGAAGAUGAAAAAGCCUUUGAUGUACUAUACUGUAUAGCUUUUGAACUGAUGGAUGCCCAAUGGCUUGGAAUGCAUGCAUCCUAUAUGGAGUUUAAUGAGGUUUUAAAAGUGACCCGGCUGCAAUUGGAGAGAGAACUUUCUUUGGAAGAUGUUCAUCGGAUACAAGAUUUACCAUCAUACAACCUGUUGUACCAGUAACUUUUUUUCUGCAACUCUUCAAACUCAUAAAAAAUUACCAUGGACAGUUUUGCAAUGAAACUGAAUAUUUUGAUCCAAAGACCUGUAACUACUCUUGGACACCUGAGUUUUUUACAUCUGAUAUUUGUACCGAAGAAUGGUGCAAGACAGUUUUGUGGAUCAAUUUGUCAUUGAACCCCGAAAUGUCUAGACGACUGCAGCUGGACUUUCAGAUUGACAUACACCUUGCUCCUAAUCUAUUGUCAAAGUAUUUUGGCGUUUAUAUGGCAACCAAUGUGAAACAAAAGACGAAGGCCACUUCUGCAGAAAGCUCAGAUAAUGUAAGAUGAUGCUGUGUAGACAUUAGUCAAUAUGAUGAUUAGACUGAAACUGGAGCAAAUAUAUAUGCCCAUGGAACAUGAAUUUGCAUUUUG